CUCUGUCAUGGAAACUAAAAUUUCCUGACAGAAAGUAGGCAUGAAAAUGAAGGUACGAUUUUGGGUAAAAGAAAUUAAUCAAUGAUAGAACAGGGUAUUCAAAUACAGUGUGAUUGAUUUUGUGUCCCAGUGUAUAUUUCUUUUAUUAUUGGAGAUGAAAAAAAAGUGUCAAAAACAAUAAUAUUUUACUUUCAAUUUCUGAUAAAGCUACGUAUUCAAAAAAACCAAAACCGCAUCGGAAAUUAAAAUUUUUUAAAUAGAACGGUUACUUUUUUGUGCAAUAUUCUUAAAGUCCUUGAAAUUCUCUUGUUAUGUUACCUUAGAAAUUAAACCUACAGGAAUGUGUUUAGAACCAAUCGCAGUAACUGUGGAAAUUGAAACAAAAACAAAAUUUUCAAUAGGAAGCGAGGGAAACAAAUGAAAGGCGCUUACAGCAGAAAUAACUAUUAUAACUUAAGACAACUUUAAAUACAUUGCACUUGCUUCCUAUGUAUUAUUAAAUCGAAUAAAAACUUAACAUUUUUUCAUCAUUUGUGUAAUUAGGUAUUACUUUGUUGCCUUGUGGUUCUUAUAGAAGUUACAUUACUCACUAAACUAAUUGUGUGACCAACAAGUGAAAAACUUUCUUUUGUUUUUGUUUAAAUUUGCACAGUUACUGCGAUUGGUUUUAGAAACAUUACUGUAGCUUUAAUUUCUAAGGUAAUUAUAACCUAUUUGAUAUCAUUGUAAAGAGAAUUUGAACCUCUUUAAUCAAUAAUAUUGCAGAAAAAAGUAACCGUUCUAUUUAAAAAGGUUAUUUUGUUUUCUGAUGCUCUGUUGUUUUCAUAUCAAUUGUUUUUUACACUUUUUUCCUAUUCCCAUAAUAUAUGAGAAAUAUCUGCUUGGACACACAAAAUCAAUCACACUGUAUAUCACCGAGUGCCACUGUUGUCCGUUACUGGAGGUAAAAAGACCAUAUAAUUUACCGUAAUUUGUUAUUUUGUAUAUUCAGUACAUGAGUGCACAGUCUUUAUCUCGCAUAGAAUGUAUAGGUAAACAUAUCCAGUUUGGUUUACAUGACGAACAGUUGAUGAAUUAUUCAUUUAUAUCGGCAAACGAUAAUCUGGACUACUUUUUGAUAAAGCAUUCACAAUUAUUGUUGUGUCAUAUUUGAUACUGAUAAAACUAUCAUAUCACUAUCAAUUAUGACUCGUACCUACAAUUACACAAGGCUGUAAACUUCCUUAAUUAACUUUAAGUAGGUACAAUUGUUGGACUGCAAAAUUAACAAAAUGCUUCAUACCUAUGAAGUCACAAAAUUAAAUAAUGCUGCACAACAUGGCACUAUUUGACUGCUAUGGUCAGAAGUGUAAUUCUUUGUUGUGAGCACCAUGCUUCGGCGGGCAUGUAAAGCUGGCAGUCAUAUCACGAUUGUCGUGAAAACGUCCAUGCCACCCAUACGGUACAAUACAAUACAAUUGUUUACCAUGCAUAAGUACCUACUAUAAAGGUAAAACAGGGAAAUGCGCGCUAUAUUAUUGCAGAACGUUUGAGAGUCACAAAAACCGCCCCUAGAACAAGCAAAAUAAAUUUUUUAUCGUCUACUAAUUGAAAUUAUGAUUGGCUUAAUUUGUUGAUGCGAAUUUUGGUGCUUAUUUUUUUUAUACAAUCUCUCAUGCUGUGUAGGAAUCUUUGAGGUAGUGGCCUACUUUGGUGCUCGGUUCCCUCAUGCAGCCACGAGCACCUACCUCUAUUUUUUAGGAACAACUUUACUUUUGCAGUGAGGUCAUUCUUUAUGUACCUACAUAUAAAAAGGUCAAGUAUUUAAAACACUUAUCACCUUUGUUAAUGUGGUCCAUGAAACGCCACUGGUUAUGACUGGCUACUAAACAAUUUGCCCCUCCAAUUCGUUACCGGUCUAUUUGUUUAUGUUAUUAACGCAACUCUUAAAAGGAGAGAACCUUGCAUUAAUAGGGGGCUUGACGGAAAUGGACAAAAAGGAAGUUAUAACAGUGCGAGAAGAGUGGGGAGAAACGCGUUAUUAUUGGCAGUGGUGUAAUAAAACAAAACUGACAUCGUCUCUUCUGUUUUGUGAUAAGUCAAGUCGACAUAACUGACCAGCGCAAAGGCAAGAUAUUUUGACGACUUCCGUCGCGUGUUAUACUAUUUCCCACCACCUCUUAUACGCAACUCUUGAAUUUUAUCAUUCCGAGUCGCAUUUUGUAAGUGACAACUUCCUUUUGCAUUUGAAAUCGGUUUUGUGAAAUGGAGGGUAUCGUUGGAAGAUUUAUUCCGAGCGAAUGGACCUAUCGAAAUGGCUCGUUAUCAGACUGCCACUUAGUCCAAUUAGAAGAAUAUACACAAAAGUAUGUAAAUUUAAAACAGCAAGUUGCCGGUGCAUUUAAUUUGGGAGUGCGGAAGAUCGAACGAGUGGAAAAUCCGUAUUUAUGGGGGCAGUAUUUAUUAAGAAAAGAGGAAUUGGAAACCAACGGAUUCGUUCGUGAAAUGGAAUUGUUUCACGAUACAAGCAUCCAUAAUGUGCAGUCCAUUGUUGAAACUAAUUUGGAUUGGCGUCUUGCUCGUCGCGUGAAGUACGGGCAGGGUGUAAGUUUUUCGCAGUCACCUGCAUACGCCAACAAAGAAUCGUCUAGAUCGAAUGGAACUAAUCGAGCAUUCAUACUAACGAAGGUGUUGGUGCAAAAUUCUGAACCUGUUUACUCUUCAGUUUUGCUACCGAGCAAAGGACAUGAUACUACAGUGGGAAAUUGUGGAAAGGUGUAUGUCAAAUAUUACGACGAUGAAUUUUAUCCAACCUACAUCAUUUACUACACAAGUCGCUGAAGGUAUUAGUAAUGGGAACAGUGCCUAAAACAUAUUCUUGUAUUCCUUAUAAGUAUACCUACUUUAUUAUUAGAUUAGACAUAUUUUUGUACUUAAUAAGAAUGUGAUUUGAUUUUGCUAUAUUUUAAUGUUAUUUAUGUUGUUAGUUUUCUUGUAACCAAAUAUAAUUUUUACUUAUGACAAUCUAAGAAAGUCAGGAAUUGAAAUAUACCAUUGAGUGCCUCUGUUACUGGAGGUGCAGACCUUACCAUUUAGCAGGAUUAUUGUAAUCAAGUCUGCUUGUUGUUGUAAUUAUGCAGUUCAUUGUUAAACCACAUACUACAUGCGGCCGGUCUUAUAAAGCACACUAUCAACUUUCUUUUCAAUUGAAUACAUCGCACACGAACAAAAAUAAAACUACGGAACCCUAAGCAACAAUAUUCAAAUUAAUUUAUUAAUAUUCGGAGGAGAUUUUGUCAUUUAAAAGUAGACAUAGCUGAAGCUUUGCCAAGUGGAUAUGUUAAAAUGAUAUAUAACAAAUACAAAAAAAAUAAAUACGCGAGUUGGAGAGGGUGAAAAUCGUACGAGCGCAAUUUCCCGUAAAAGUUGUGAGCAGAGACAAAAGUGUUGAAUGAAAAAGUUGUAGAUCGUGAAAAACUCGUUUUUUUCAACAAAAAAAUUUUUUUAAUGAAAAUUGUCCUUCAGAGAUUUAUUGUACGGAGUUUGGUGUCAUUUUCUUUGUUUUUAUCUGUACUUUUUUGAUGAAAAAUAAAUUAUGGUCCCCAUUGAAGAAGCUCAA